AUGAAGUUCACCAUUGCUGCUAUCGUUGGCUUUGCCAUGACCGCCGCCGCUGUUCCCGCGGUUGCACGCACCCAGCAGAAGCUCUCCAUUGAUGAUGCCAAGGGUCAGUGCUCGACUGGCGAUAUCUACUGCUGCAACCCCACCAACACGGAGAAGACCGAUGGCAUCCUGAACAACCUUGCUGGAAAGAGUCUCGUCCUCAAGACCUUGAUUGAUGGCGAGAACACCUCCUGUGCUAGCACCUCGCUCAUUAAGGACCUCGACCUCCUUUACGACGACAAGAGUUCCUACUGCAAGAACACCAUUGCUUGCUGCCCCAACGGAAACUGCGCGGCCCUUGACCUCAGUGACAACUAG